UAUGGGUGAAAAUAUAUUUUGUUGUUGUAUAUCUAUGAUUUUCACGUUUUCCGUGUUGUUGUUAUCAAUGUCCCGUCGUAAAUAAUAAACAAGAUAAUAUUAUUAUUGUAAAUUGUAAUAUAUAUUAUUUAAUUUCAAUUAAAUAAAUACCAAUAAUAUUAUUUUUUAUACAUUUAAUUAUUUAAACUUAUUAACAGUAAACACUAUACUACUAUAAUAAAAACCCUUUUCGGAGCUCCAAAUCAGAAUAUACAAUAAUUAUUAUUCUCGUUUGACAAAUUGAAUAUUUAUUAUUUCGUUCCGUUCGCAGACGACCUCAUUCGUUGACGAAGCCGAUGGUCGGUAGAGUACAGACGUUCUAUAAAAUUCUUGGCAAACAUAUUUCACGUCAGCGACAUGAUGAGUUCAAGUGAUGCCGUCGAAAGCGACGUAGGGAGUGCUAUGCCAAUGGAAACGGAUGACGAAAUUGAUCAACUUGUGGCUCAAACUACUGAUGUCGAAAUGGCGCCAACGUCCAUUGCGUCCCACGUCAAUCCGCCUAUUUCGGCAGUUGCACCAAUUUUAAGCUCAUCGACGCAGUCAGUAGGAGCUCUUACCAACAAACUAUCCUCGGCAGUAGCACCUCUCAAUAACAAACCUUCCACAACGUCUGUAACCCAUACCAAUCUACUGGUACCUCAAGUUGCACCUCUCAUCAGUUCAUCAACAAUCGCUCCACUCAUCAAUUCGUCCAUGUCUCCGGUUGUGCAUGUAAACCAAACGACAGUGUCCACAGUCACUUCUCUUAAUAGCACUCCUGUGUCAACAAUCUCUGUGCUCAAUAACCCUUCGGUAGUGACCUCCAACCAGCAAAAUAUUGUAAUGCAACAUCUCCAAUUCCAACAAUUGCAACAACUACAACAGCAACAGCAACAACUCCAACAGCAGCAACUCCAACAGCAGCAACAACUCCAACAACAGCAACAACUCCAACAAAAGCAACAACUACCGACACAACAGCAACAAAUUCAACUCCAACAGCAACAGCUCCAACAAAUGCAACAGAAACAACUAUUAAUUCAACAACAACAAAUAAAACAUCACCAACAGCAACAAAUAAAACAGUUGCCCCAACCACAAUUACUACAGCAGCUGCAACAUCAACCGCAGCAACAUCAACAGCUGCAACAACAACCAGCGCAGCAACCACCUCAACAACAGCAGCAACCCCAACAACUUCAGCAAUCACAACAGCAUCUACAGCUACAGCAACAACAACAACAACUACCACUACAACAGAAGCAACAACAAGUAGUACAGCAGCAGCAAGCAGUACAGCAGCAACAACAAGUAGUACAUCAGCAGCAAGCAGUACAGCAGCAACAACAAGUAGUACAUCAGCAGCAACAACAAGCAGUACAGCAGCAACAACAAGUAGUACAGCAGCAACAACAACAAGCAGUACACCAGCAACAACAAAUAGUACAGCAGCAGCAACAACAAGCUUACAGCAGCAGCAGCAACAACAAGCUGUACAACAGCCACAACAAGUAG